AGGACUCCCAUCUAGCCACACAAUUUCUCAUCUCCAUAUCCAUCACUAAGAACAUGGCACUCAAGCUUCAUGGCCUGGCUUUCUCAACAUGCACAGCUCGUGCCGCAACCGCCAUUUACGAGAAAGGACAGCAAUUCGAGCUUGUCCCUGUCAACCUUACUGCAGGAGAACACAAGCAGCCAGGUUUCCUAGCCAAAAAUCCCUUUGGCCAAAUUCCAGUCCUAGAGGAUGGUGAUCUCACUCUUUUUGAGUCUAGAGCAAUUGCAACAUAUGUGGCUGAAAAAUACAAGGACUCGGGUUCCGAUCUGAUCAGGCACCAAAACCUCAAGGAAGCUGCACUUGUCAAGGUGUGGUCGGAGGUGGAGUCCCAGACCUUCCACCCCGUAAUCUCCGCCAUUGUCUACCAGUUUCUCAUUGCGCCAUUGUUCGGACAGCAGACAGACCAAGCCGUGAUCGACGCAAACCUGGAGAAGCUCAAGAACAUCCUCGAUGUCUACGAGUCAAGGUUGAAGAGCAGCAAGUACUUGGCAGGAGAUUUCUUCAGCCUUGCAGAUCUUAACCACUGUCCCUACCUUUUCUACUUCAUGAGGAGUCCGUGGACUUCGGUGGUGAAUGAACGUCCUCAUGUGAAAGCCUGGUGGGAGGACAUUUCUUCAAGGCCAAGCUUCAAGAAAGUGGCCGAGGGAAUGACCUUUGGUCAGAAGUAGUAGAGUUCUAGCUAGCUAGCUAGCUAGGAAUAAGAUUUAGCUAGCAGGUUUUAUUGGUGUGGUACUGUGGUUUUGUUUGUUUCUCAUCCCCAUGGUUUCUUGAAUAACAAUGUUCUCAUCCAUAGUAGAUGUAAUCGCAUGA